AUGACAUCCAAACGCAAAGCAGAGAAUGCCCCGUCCAGUCCCUUCGUGGGCUCCAAGAGGCAGAAGCAUGGAAGUCCCAAUUCUCUAGCUCUGGCGCCCGAGCCCCAGCCAGCAUCCAUAUCUGUCGAACGUGCGGACUCCCCAGCCAUACUUCAAUCUGAGCCAGCGUCUACGUCAGUUCCACCAGCAGCCUCUCCAGCCAUACAUCGAUCUGAGCUUGCUACCACGGUCGUCGAGUCAGCGGCCUCCCCAGCCAGAUCACAAACCGUCAGGAUUGUCGAGUCCGAGCCCAUGCUCGAUACGCGACCGCGAGGUACACUGUCUUUGUAUGACACUUGUCUAGAACGCACCGCAAAUGUCAUGAUCAACGAGCCAGCUUCAUAUGACAUGAUCUCUACACUACCUACCACAAUCCAACAGGAUCUAUGGUCACUACUUCUGGACGAUCGACGCGAGCGACAGACGACGGGCAAAGUGAUUGAACAGAUAAAGGCAGCACUACCAUUGGCGGAUUGGGACAAGGCUACGAGAUACGAUGACAACGUCAACUUUAUCGAGGCCUACCCCCAGAGCUUCGAUGAAGCCGAGCGUGGCGAUGCGCCUUAUGAGACUAUGGUACGUCACUGGCGCCGCUUCUGGGACUCGGUCAAUAACCUCCAACGCGACUCAGUCUUCAAGGAUCCCGGCCGUGAUGUGCACUUGGUUGAGAACUCGCUGGAUUCCGUGGUAAGAUAUAGCAUCUGUGCGAGCAAGACCACGGCCGACUCGCGAGGACUACAACGGCCAUCAAACUGCUCACACAUCCAACACUUUCUUUUGCGAGACCUCACCUCGCCUGAGCUUUUGAAGGAGCGAAUGAAGGCCCUGGAAGAUCUGCCAGGCUGUGUCUAUGACAGUCAGGAGGUGCCUCCGGACGAGAAUGGUUUUGGUGAAAUCGGGGACAAUUUCGAUGAUUUGGAAUGCAGAGAUUUCAAAGUGAGCAUCAUGGAUGGGAUUUCGAUCAACUGCUACUUCACCGGCAACAUGUACUCUCGGCGAAAUGCAGAGGUUCAUCUCAAUGCGUUGCUCAGUCCGCUCGAGAUGGUCUACGGUCGGCCGUGGUACAAGCGAGCCUUGGAAGGGCGACAAUAUGCGUUUGUGGUCCGCUACGGCAAGUUGCUGGACGAUGCUGCUGUGUCUUGA